GGAAAAUAGAUGGGUUUCGUACAAGGUGUUUGUAUGAUGUUUAUUCGAAUUAUUAUGCAAUGAUUUUAAAUUAUUAAUAAAAACUGACAGUUACCCAAUCUAUUUAUGUGAUAUUAAUGCGUAAAAUAUUAGAUCCAUGUGUUUUGGUUAAGUUUUAAGUGAUAUAUUUCGUGUAGUGUUACUAAAAAUGUCGUCUUUGAUGAGUUUACGUAGUAAUUUAACAAAUGGAAUACGAAAAUGGAAAUGCUGUCUAUCACAUUUGCCGAAAAAAUAUCCAGAAGACUUUCUACGCAGAAGCUUUUCUACGCGUGAAUUAUUAAAAGAAGCAUACUGUCGUACGAAGUUAAAAUUCAAAUCCAAGAAGCUACCACAAGACGUGAACCCAAGGGGUGUAUUUGCUUGCAAUGAACUGGAUUUAUCUGAAGUCAAAGUAUAUGGAUUUGAUUAUGAUUAUACUUUGGCCCAUUACAAGCCGUCUCUGGAGCAUUUGCUGUAUAAUCUUGGAAGAGAGGUCCUGUUAGAAAAGUAUAAUUAUCCACCAGAAAUAUUACAAUUGGAGUACAAACCCAAUUUUGCUGUAAGAGGUUUGCACUAUGAUAUUGAGAAAGGCCUCCUUCUGAAGCUGGACUCAUUCCUACAAAUACAGUUUGGGGCGGUCUAUAGAGGUCUUACACCCGUGUCUACUGAAGAAGUGCUCAAGCUAUACAGAAACAGAAUCAUACCCAUUGCUUAUGUUGAGGGUGACACAAGGGCUCAUAAACCAAACAGAGCCAAGAUGGUGCAUUUAGCUGAUCUAUUUUCAGUACCGGAAAUGGGUUUACUAUGUAAUGUAGCUGAAUAUUUCAUCAAAAAUCACAUUGAUUAUCAUCCGGAAAUUCUGUUCUUAGAUGUCAAGAACUCAGUACAAAGCUGUCAUCCAAUCAUGCACAAAAUAGUUGCUCAGAAUGUAGAGGAGUAUAUAAGGCCCAAUGCAGACUUGAGGAAAUACUUCCAAAUGCUGCAAGACAAUGACAAGAAACUGUUCCUCGUCACUAAUAGUCCGUAUCACUUUGUUAAUGCGGGUAUGGAAAUGUUGGUUGGUCACGAUUGGCGGGAUUACUUCGACGUAGUGAUCGUGAAUGCGAAUAAACCGAAAUUCUUCACGGAGGUGUCGCGGCCUAUUCGAGUGUUCGAUAAAAACGCCAACACACAUAUAUGGGAAAAAGUCACGUCGUUAGAGAAAGGGAUUAUAUAUUACGAGGGUACAGUGAAGCAGUUACAAGAUCUGACAGGCUGGUAUGGUCACCAGGUGUUGUACUUCGGAGACCAUCCGUACAGCGACCUCGCAGACGUCACCUUGGAGCACGGCUGGCGAACUGGAGCCAUCAUAAACGAGUUGACACAUGAAAUCAACACAUUAAAUACCCAGUCGUUCAAGGAGAACGCCAACUGGCUGCAGAUGUUGACGCAGCUGAUAGAGGACCACCAAGACUAUAAGGAUGCUGAGGCGCUCGAGGUCGUCAACGAGUGGAUGGCGGAGAGAGACUAUCUCAGGAAUGAAAUAAAGGCAGUGUUUAACCCACAAUUCGGUAGUGUGUUCCGUACGUACCACAACCCAACGUACUUCUCGAGACGUCUGUUCCGCUUCGCCGACAUCUAUACCUCCAAUAUCACCAAUCUGAUGAACUACUCGCUCACGCAUACCUUCUACCCUCGUAGAGGUGUCAUGCCACACGAAUAUGGCUCGUAUUUCGUUUAAAUUAAGUGUAAUGUCACGUAAUCACUUCAACUGUAAAAUCAUGUAUUAUUUUAAGUAAUAUUCAGUUUUUUAAAAACAUUUGUUAAGGCUACUUCGAAUUUUAUAAUUAAUCUGUACCCCUUUAAGAUACCUUUGUAAGUGUAUAGACAAGAAUACUUUGAAAGAUGAACUUAUUGAAUCAGUGGUUUAAGACAUUUUAUUUGUACAUAUUUUAGAGAAUUUUAAGCAAAUUAGUUAAUUUAUAUAUACAAUGUAAGACUAACGUAUCUACGUUGUAGAUAAACAGCAAUGCAAAUCAUCCAACGGUAUUCUAGUCAAAAGUAUUUAAUAUAAUCGUCUUACAAUUGAUAAGUGUCUUUAUUUCUUUUCUUACUGUUAACAUAUCUUUACCGUCAAUUCGAUCAGAUGAAAUGUUAUAAGACACAGUGUAUAGCGAAUAAAAUAAUGUAAUAUAACUAUUAAGUUGAUACCUAUAUAGAUUACAGCGUGCAAACGAAGGGUUUGGGCCUCCUCUAGCGUUAUUAAAUGCAAAACCCCACCGCUCCCCCUUUAUGCUACACUUAUAUUUUUUACUUUUACAAGGAGUUGUGGCUAUCGAAUAUGGGUGUUUACCUGUUCGCUUAAAUAUACCUUUUCGUGACACGCUGUAUAUAUUUCAUACUACAUUGAAGUAUUUAAAGGUAACUUUUAGUAUUCUGUAAUAUGGUAUUACGGGUUCAUUUACAUCUUGAUCUGUUUAAAGGUUUGACUUUUCUGUAUACUAUGUUUAUUAUUUGUUAAAUAUAUAAAGAUAGACGCGAAGCAUUUGUUGUGCUCGUGAACUGUAAUCGAAAGAGGUCAGAGUUCAGUACGUUUUAUUAUCUCUUCUAAGAAUCUUAUUUUUAUUAAGCAUUUUAAAAGCUAUUUAUUUACUUGAGUGAUUAACGUGAUUGCAGUUAAAUAUAAUUAUGUAAUGGUAUAUGUACAUGCUAAUCCGUUUUUUUUUACAAUGGCAUUCUAAAGUGCUAUACUAUAUGUUAUCUAUUUAAAUCAAUAUUUUUUAUGGUUUUAUUUGGCCAUUUAUAUUUAUGCGUUGAAGACGUUAUUGUUGUUCCUUGCCGUUUAGUAGAUAAUGUUGUGACGUAGUAUCUUGUAUAACUCACUAACAUACCCCUGUCAGAGUAUUACGAAUUAUUGUACCGAAGACUAGUUGGUAUCAAAAUAUUUUGUGCCAUUUUAGACAAUAAAUUCACCGAUUGCACUUCUUGUAACCUUAUUGUCAAUAACAACUUCGAGUGUUUUAGAUGACAUCAGUACCCAUAUGUAUUGUGCUCUACUUAGUCGCAGUGUUUUAGAGAAAUGUUGCAAUAAAAAGAUGUUUACAUUGAA